CAGAGCGCUACCUGGCGGAAGACCGGCCAUGACCUCCACGAGCAGCGUGGUGAUGCUGAUGGUGCUAGUGACCUGCUCAUUGGUGAUCCUAGUGUCCUCAGCUCAGUUCUAUUCCAGCGGGCGUUAUGGAAAACGUGGAGACUUGUCCCAGAGGAGCAUGUUCUGGAGCGGCAGUCGUUACGGACGCAGCAGUGGGGGUGGCGGCGGGAGGCGGCAACAAGGAGGAAGCAAUCCUGUGCAGGUGGCUGUAAGGAACGACAGGUUCUUCAUCGGUAGCCGGUACGGUAAAAGGAGCGAGACGCCAACCGUAACCACCGACGAGACCGUCGGAUUGGUGGAUGUGCUGCUUGAAGCGGAGGAGGAUGGAAACAAGCAAGUGUCAUGUAUGUACACCGGCAUCACCAACUUGUACCGCUGCUACAACAGGAAAGACAACUCUAGCGAGGACGCCAGCAGUGAACACAAGAAGUGAGCGCUACCCUUUCUAAACAUUCCCGUCAGCGUGUGUAUAUGGCAUGCAUUGUUUCUCCUAGAUUUUGGCUGGAAAUCUAGACCGAAUGAUGACAUUCUAACUUUAUGUUUAUUGGAUGUUGUAUACCCACCAUGUUCUUAUUUAUGUUGCUGUGUAUAUUUGUAUUAAUAAUAAACAUUAAAAGAGCAUGUGACAUC